AUGGCUGACAAAGUGCAAGAUAAAAUCGAGGACUGGAAGAUCUCGAAACGGAGAGAUCACGCGAGGAAUCCAGUUACCUUCGACAAGAUUUGCAAAGAAGUUAAUUUACAGGACAAGAUGUUUCGACGGAAUUGGCCUGAAAAGUACGAACAACUGACCGGUGAAUUUUUUAAAAAGGUGCUGGCCGAAGAAUGCAGAAAGAAGGGACUUCCGGCGGAGACCUUCGAACGCAAACCGCCGGAAGAUGCGAUUAAACGUUCGCCGAUUCCCCUAAAACCGUCGCCGGCCAUUCCCAGAACGACAUCCGGGAUGGUAGGCCUCCGCUCGACCCGGCCGGAAUACAAUCUCGAGUUCACCGGUCGAUGGUACAUCUCGCCAAGAUGGACGAUCGAACCCCCCGUCGAACCCCACGAGUUCCGCGUUACACAACAAAGAUUCAUCUUUCUCGGUUGA